UCAUCGUUUCAAAAACACCCAGCCUUUUCUCAUAUUUGUUUGUUGACAGCGAGCCCGACGCGGAUUUCGACAGGGACGUCGUUUCUUUCGUUCCACAAAUGCCGCAAACUCGUAGUAACUAUGAUCUGACGACGGAUGGAACUUGGCCGUUCGCCGUCGACUUGGCAUUCUCGCUGUGUGUACAGUACAUAUGUACAGUAGGCUCGCUAUGUGUAUACAGUAUACUGUAUAAGCACGGGCGGGCUUCCAAAAAGCACAGCCUUGUAUACAUACGAUGUAAGUGCAGCCCUUCAUCACAACGCUUCUUCUCCACUAGCUAUCGCACUUCCGCACCCAACCCCGGGGAACAACAUUCGCAUAAAGAACCAUCAUGCCUCUGAUCGGCAUCGGCUCCCACGUCAACAGCACCCACGACAAAACCUACACCCGCGUCGUCAAAGAGUACACCCUCAAAGACGUCCGCGCCGUGCACCUACCCGAGCGCAACACCCUCGUCGUAUCCGGGUCCGUGCACCUCUACGUGAAAACCUUCCUCGUCGCCUUCUUUGUCGUUGCCGAAGGCAAACUUCUGCGUCCGGGUGAAACCACCAUCGUGCCGCGUACAACCACCCGCGGGGCGACCCAGUCGGUGUCGGCGGACAGGGAUGUAGGUGCGCAGGUGCUGUGGAUGCGGGAUCCUGCCGGUGCCGUUCGGAAACCGGAGGAUACGGGGAAUCUUUUUGUGAGUCCUAGGAACUGCUCGUUGGACCCGUUUGAUUGGGUGUUUGGGUUUGAGAUUGAGCUGGAGGUGUCCGAGGGCUGGACCCCCGAUGAGGAGCAGAGGGUGUUUGUGAGGGCGACCGUGCAACGGGCUCUGCAGUCGGAUGGGAAUUAUGAGUGUCACAAGGUGGUUCAUGUGGAAGCGCACGGCGGCGAGGUUUUACCGUCGUACACUGAGAUAGUAGGUGCAGCCGCCGUCCAGGACGUGUAGAUGGUGCGGCAGUCGAUCACUGAGUAGCAGAGAUAUCGAAGGCUUGCGUUUUCUUUCUGCGCACUUUGGGACUUUGGCGUACUUGGGGUUUUUGGUGUAAAAGAUGGUGUGUUUCUGUAGUGUGCUCUGUACUGUACUACCACUUGGCUACCAUCGUGUCGAUAAUUUAUUAUACGCACUGUACUCUGGUUGCUCAACUCCAGAAUGUUUUUGGUCCUUUUUAAUCUAACCGUUCAGUCGUCUAGUAGGAUGUGAUCGG